CUCUAAGGUUAGCUCUUUCUGCAGGUCCUUUCCUCCCCCGUUUAAGCACUGAGGCCGUAAACAUACAUUUGUGUUGUGUAUGUGUAUGUUCACACACGGAUGCAUAUGCACAUGUUGCUCUCCAAACUUCAUUCUGCUAUCUUUAUUGAGAUGAAAGGAUGAAAGGGGAUGAUUCAAGGCACAGAAUCUAGUGUAUAAUUGGAAGAGGAGUCCGUUUUAGCGGACCAUUUGGGUCUGGAAUGCCAUUGCUGGCCUUGCAGAAUUUAUCCCGGGGUUACAUAAGACGGUCCUUAUGAAUUCUGUCUUCUCAGCAUCCUGUCUCCUCCUUCGUCCUCCAGUUAGCCAGUCUACAUUGUGUGUACGUUUACAGCCUCAACAUAGUUCCUGUUAUCAAAACUACUCUAAUGGUCAGCCCCUCUCCUCUGGUUCAUUAGCUUUCCCAACCAUUUAUUUUCGUUCCUUGCUAUACCGUCCAUCAACCAUUGGAGCUAGAGCUCUUUCAAAUGAGGAAGCAAUCUCUGUAAUUAAUUUUGAAGAUUUUGUGGAGAAAGAUUGGUCAUUUCUUGAAACUGAUGAUUCAAAUUCUGAAGAAGUGCACCAACAAAAGAUUAACCGGAUAAUCUCUGCAGGAGAGAUACGAGAGACGUCAAGGGUCAUGAUUUCGACUGGUUCUGAAGCAUUUGUCGACCAAAUAGUCAAUUCAUUGCCUAGCCAACUUUUGUUGCUUGUCCAUGACUCCCUACUAGUGUUAGCCUGCAUCAAAGAAAAGUAUGACACGGUUAAGUGUUGGCAGGGAGAAUUGAUAUAUGUGCCAGAGAAAUGGGCACCUUUCGAUGUGGUGUUUCUAUACUUCCUUCCUGCUUUGCCCUUUAAACUUGAUCAGGUUUUGGGAGCACUUGCUAAGCAUUGUUUGCCAGGUGCAAGGAUUGUGAUCAGCCACCCCAAAGGAAGAGAAGUUUUAGAACAGCAAAGACGACAAUUCCCCGACGUGGUAAUCUCCAACUUGCCAGAUAAGUUGACGUUGCAGAACGUUGCUGCUGAUCAUUCAUAUCAGAUGAUUGAAUUUGUAGAUGAACCUGGAUUUUACCUUGCUGUCUUGAAGUUUAAAGGCACAGGCAGGUAGAGACCAGUUCCAAGCUUGGCUCUGUUGUUUGUGGUCCAAGAGUUGGAAAAAUAUUACAAACUCUUUACCCUUGUCUGUGGUUCAUGUUCUAGAAGUUGUGGGUUAUGUUUAAAGCCACAAUGUGUAUCCUCGACAUUAAUUUGAACCCAAAUUGUGAACUUGAGAAAAUUGGCAUCCCAAAUGAAUUCUAAGGGGCCUUGCGAUAAGAAGCUCAAAGAUGACUUUUACAUGUAAAA